CCUCCCCAGCGGCAGAACCAUCAUGGCGGACGUGCAUGUGGAGCUCCACAACAAACUCCAGCGGUACCGCUGCCACGCCGUUUCCAAAUAACACACACACACUACAGCGACACGAGCCCGGGCCUGGGAAGUUGGCGGCCUGCAAGAGAGCGCAGCAUGGAGGAGGAGAAGAGCGCGCUACAGUUUCCGUCGCUGCCUUCCUCGAAGGAGGACCAGCUGGAUUGGGCAUAUCCAAUGAGGCGAGAGAUGCAGGAGAUCUUACCUGGUUUAUUUCUGGGUCCUUACUCAGCAGCCAUGAAGAGCAAGCUUCAUAUUCUGGAAAAAAGGGGAAUCACUCACAUUGUGUGUAUCAGACAAGACAUUGAAGCUAAUUUCAUCAAGCCAAACUUUCCAGAGGAAUUUAGAUACCUCGUACUGGAUAUUGCUGAUAACCCUGUGGAGAAUAUAAUUAGAUUUUUCCCGAUGACGAAAGAAUUCAUUGAUGGGAGCUUACACAAUGGAGGAAAAGUCCUUGUCCAUGGAAAUGCGGGGAUAUCGAGAAGUGCUGCCUUAGUAAUUGCUUACCUUAUGGAAACAUUUGGUGUAAAAUACAGGGAGGCAUUCAGCCAUGUUCAGGAGAGGAGGUUUUGUAUCAAUCCAAAUGUGGGCUUUGUGCAUCAGCUGCAGGAAUAUGAAGCUAUCUACCUAGCAAAGCUAACUAUAAAAAUGAUGUCACCAAUCCAGCUAGGCAGGUCAUUCUCUAUGCAGGCUGGAAUGCCAGGCAGCCUGAAGCGUACGUUGGAAGAGGAUGAAGAUUUCGGAAGCUUGCAAGUUACUGCUGGGCAGAACAGAUAGACAGAGUUCUCUUGCUAAGGACUUUUAUACAUUUUUAUUGGAUUCUGGGAAAAAAAGAUCUUGCUGAAGAUGGGACGAAGGCAAUUUGCAAUUUUUUUUGUUUUUAGGGAAAUCCUUUCUUAAGGCUCCCGAUGUUAGAGACCUUCGUCCUAGAGAAUGAAAGGGUAAAAUGUUUGCACUGAUGAGAAUAUGCAUCCAUCUGCAGAUUUUAGAGUGUUUAAAGCAUUUUGUGUUUCAGCAGCACAGUACUGAAAAUAAUGCACUUUUGAAAAAUAAAUCCCUCCUCCUUUUAAUGGGUGGAAUACUGAUACCAUUAAGGAAAUGGUUACGUGACGGUGAUUUGAGGACAUUUUUCUGCCGCCUACUAUAUGACCGUUAACAAAGUCCGAAGGAGGAGAAAUCUACAGACCAUUGCUCUUAUUGAGACACUGUGAGCCGGGCUGAAGCUUGGAAAUUUAGUUUUUUUUUUUUUGUUUUUUUUUUUUGAGAAGUUUUUUUUUUUUUUUUUUUUUUUGUAAAUUACAGAUGUCUGAUUCCCCUUCAAAAGGAUGAACAGGGAAAAGAUGCAUGUUGCAUAAUAGAACAGCCCAUUCAUUGAAACAUGGUCUUCAACUUCUGGAAGAAACAUUAGCUUAUGGUGCAAGCUGAAAACAUUAUAAGAGGUGUGCUUAAAUUUCUUAAAAGAAGCAAGUUUUAAGAGUGUGUUGCUUCUUUACUUUGAUGCAAAUGCAAGCGUUUGGCUUUGUCACACUCAGGCACAAGGUAGUAUUGAACGAAUCUAUUGUUGAUAUGUAUUGCAAGGACACGCAACGCAAAACAACAUGACAACGGCAUACAUGCUGAUUUGCUCCUGUAUAAAGUAAGCAUUUCCUCCAGCUGCAGACAUGUAUUGUGCUGGAAAGAAUAAGGGUUUCUCUCUCCUUGAGUCUGUUCCUGUGAAACUUGUGCGAAGAGUGAAAAUAUCGAGGUCAGUUUGACAGCUCCCUGCAAAACUAGUUGUUGUUACCAUGUGGCCCUAAGUUAUGUUUCAGCCUUCAUUGAUGACUUAUGAGUUUUUACUUUUUCAGUCAAAAAAUCACAUUAUGUUGUGCUCUGUGCUGUCUGGGCACAUCACAUUUAUACAUGUUGUGUGCAUUGGGUAAGGGUCACGGUUGUUUUCUUUUUUUUGUUAGUUUUGUUCUUAUUUGAUAGCUGGUAUGCAAGCAGCAGGUCAGUUUAUAGGAGAAACUAAUACCAAUGUGAAAGGCUGUUAGUGGAAUUUAAGACAAAAGCAGUUGGAAAAUAAAAAUCCAUGUGGUUUUGAA